CCUCUUUCUGGAGCCGUGAGAGACAAAGGGAAGAAUCAUGUCCUCGAUUGCAGCUUUCUAUGGUGGCAAGUCCAUUCUCAUCACCGGGGCCACAGGCUUCCUGGGGAAAGUCUUGAUGGAAAAGCUAUUUCGCACCAGCCCGGACCUGAAAGUCAUUUAUAUCCUUGUGAGGCCCAAGGCCGGCCAGACACUGCAGCAGAGGGUCGUCCAGAUCUUAAAUAGUAAGCUGUUUGAAAAAGUCAAAGAGGUCUGUCCCAACGUGCAGGAGAAGAUCAGAGCAGUUUACGCGGACCUCAACCAGAACGACCUGGCCAUCAGCAACGGGGACAUGCAGGAGCUGCUCUCCUGCACCAACAUCGUCUUCCACUGUGCCGCCACCGUGCGCUUCGAUGACCACCUGAGACAUGCCGUGCAGCUCAACGUUACUGCCACCCAGAAGCUCCUGCUCAUGGCCAGUCAGAUGCCAAAGCUCGAAGCCUUCAUACAUAUCUCUACUGCCUUUUCCAACUGUAACCUGAAGCACAUUGAUGAAGUCAUAUAUCCAUGUCCUGUGGAGCCAAAAAAAAUCAUCGACUCUAUGGAGUGGUUAGAUGAUGCUAUUAUUGAUGAGAUCACGCCCAAGCUGAUUGGGGAUCGGCCCAAUACGUAUACCUACACCAAGGCCUUGGGGGAGAUGGUGGUGCACCAGGAGGGCGGCAACCUAAACAUUGCCAUCGUGAGGCCCUCCAUCGUGGGAGCAACCUGGCAGGAGCCUUUCCCAGUAAGUCCCUUCACCCCUUCACAGGACUCCUUGCUCUGCCUCCAGGCCAGCGUCCUUCUAGCCCAGUCGCUUUCUGAUCUCUCUCUCUCUCUCUCCCCUCUCUCUCCUCUCUCUCUCUCUCUCUUUCUCUCUCUCCCCACCUCCCCCAGGAUGUAUAGCUGCACCCGCUAUAUUAGGGCAAAAUUCCACUUUUGCUUCAGGAAUUAUUUACAUCAGCCUUGGUAUAGUAGCCUCGUAAGCAGUGGGUCAAUGGUAGCUGUUAUUACUAACAGCAUCAGUAUUAUCUCCAGCUGUUACUUGAGACCUGGCUCAAUAUUUUAUGUUCUUCCCGUGCAGACAGGGAAAGGGUUUCUCCGGGCCCUGAGAGCUACUCCAAUGGCUGUGGCAGAUGUGAUUCCUGUUGAUACAGUCGUCAAUCUCACCUUGGCUGUGGGAUGGUACACAGCAGUUCACAGACCUAAGUCAACGUUAAUCUACCACUGUACUUCUGGUAACUUGAAUCCCUGUUACUGGGGCAAAAUGGGAUUCCAAGUCUUGGCAACCUUUGAAAAAAUUCCAUUUGAGAGAGCUUUUAGGAGGCCAUAUGCUGACCUUACAACCAACACCAUCAUAACCCAGUACUGGAAUGCCGUCAGCCACUGGGCCCCUGCCAUCAUCUACGACUUCUAUCUACGACUCACAGGAAGGAAGCCCAGGAUGACAAAGCUCAUGAAUCGGCUUUUAAGAACUGUUUCCAUGCUGGAGUAUUUCGUCAACCGGAGCUGGGAAUGGAGCACAAGUAACACAGAAAUGCUGAUGUCAAAGCUGAGUCCUGAAGACCAGAGAGUAUUCAACUUUGAUGUACGCCAGUUGAACUGGUUGGAAUACAUUGAAAAUUACGUUUUAGGAGUCAAGAAGUACUUAUUGAAAGAGGAUAUGGCUGGGGUCCCAGAAGCAAAGCAACACUUAAAAAGGCUCCGAAAUAUUCACUACCUCUUUAAUACUGCCCUCUUCCUCAUCGCCUGGCGCCUUCUUAUGGCAAGAUCUCAGAUGGCUCGGAACGUCUGGUUCUUCAUCGUGAGCUUCUGUUAUAAGUUUCUCUCCUACUUUAGGGCGCCCAGCACGCUCAAGGUCUAAGAACAGUUGGCAGUCUUCAUUUAUCUGGUACCUCUCAGAUACCUCUAUAACAGCAAACUGUGGUCCUCAAAACUACGAAGUGGCAGACUAUGCCCAACCUCAUCACCUGUCAAAUGUCCUGUCAUGUAUUUAGCCCUAUUUCCUAUUUCUCUAUCUUUUUUUUUUUAAUGUGAGAGAAGGAAAGUCAUAGCCAAGCAUAUUUUAGGAAAAAAUAAUUUCCAGAUUGCUUCCUAACACUCUAUGUCCUUGAAUAUAAAACACCAAAGUACAACCCUCUUUUCAUAUUUAGCGUUCUUCUCAUUGAGAGGACUAACUGCAACUCAAUAAACACAGAACACCCAGAAGUGGAAAUAUGCUCAAGAAAGGCAGUUCUAGCCUUGAGACUAGUCUGGGGUACCCAGUAUAAAGGUUUAAAAUCAAUCUAAGUGGAAGAAUGGUUUCAACAUCCUCACAGAUGCUGUAACCUUCUACUUUAAGCUUAUUUUACUCAGGCCUCAAUAGGAGUGAUGAAAUGGAGAGGAAGCUCCUAGGCUGGAAUCAUAAAAACCCAGUCUCUUGAUCUUUGCAUUGAGGAAAAACAAAACUUUAAACACAAAUUUAAAUGCUAGUCUCAGUCUUUUUCUAUAAAGUGGGGAAGAUUACUCUAGUGAGCACCAGAUCAUUAGAGUGUCUAGUGUCUUGAUCAUUCCAAUUGCACAUUGCUAAUUGUACAAUGUACAGCAGAAAAGGACAGACUUCAUUAAGUGACUACAUUUAGAGAAUAGGUGUUUUGUUUAAAAAUAUUUUAUGUAUAAUAAAAAUGAAUUACUAAAAACUAUUUAUUCCUAAAUUUCUAUAUAACUAUUACCCUAACUUUCAUCUGAUUUGAGAGAUCAGUGCAUACUGAUUGCAGUUAUCUCAUGCUAAAAACAUGGGUUAUUAUUCAAGUUUAAUAAUUGGGGCCCAAUUAAAAAUAAUCACAACUACUAGAUAAUUACAUGAACAUAGAAUGUUAACAUGUUUAUGCUUACUAGCUGUAAUAAUUGGUACUCAAAAUGGCACAUGAAGUAACUGAGGGAAGCUUCUAGGAUUACUUGAGAUUUUUCUGAACCCAUAAAAGGCAUUUUGGGGUAACUCUUCUGGACAAUAUCCACCCCAAUCUCAUCUAAGUUCUGGGAAUUACUUUCCAGGGCACACAACCCAGCUCUGAAAAAAAACAGCUGGUGAUCUUUAGCUUAAGAUGUCUAUACAAUAUUUUUGAGUUACACUGAUAACUACAGAUACAGUAAAAAUGAAAUAUCUAUAAUUCAAUGAGACUGGAUAAAACAUAAUAGUUCUAAGAAUUUACUAUCUUUUGAUUGUUUUACUAAUUCAAUAAAUUCCACUGAUCAAGUAUUCAUUUUGACUUUUGAUUACAUGGAAAUUUGAAUUAAAAUUGUUUUUCUUUUUCAGUAUUGUGUCUUUAACCCUCCCUGAGAAAAAAUGUAAUCAUCCCAAGAACCUACCAGUUUAAUACAAAUUAACAUAUAAGUACAUAAUGCUCCACUUUUUCUGACCAUUAAUAGGGUAGCAUUUAUAUGCUGCAGUGUUUUCUACCUGUCGUAUUAGAGACAUGACAUAGUUCUCUUGUAAGCAGUGAAAGCAGAUAGGUAUCUGUAUGAAAGAAGUGAUUUUAAAUCAAGACUAACAAUUAUUUGAGUGCCUAAUAUAUACAGUGCAAUGAGGGGAAAAAAACCUCCUACUUUUGGGGGGAAGGGGAUGGUAAGUAGAGAGAAAAUGUAUUUAUAUUUGAAAAGUUUUGGUAACCCCUAUAUUCUGCACUCACUAAAUACCCGAUACAGUAAUAAAUACUACUGAGUUGAAGACAGUCACCACCUAAGGCAAUUAAUAUUAGAGAAAGUUAGGACAGAUGGACA